AUGCCUCUCGUCAACGCCAAGAACCCCGUUCCCCAGAACCAGCGAUUCUACCAGAACGCUUACAAGAACCACACCCGUCUUUGGAAGAUUGGCCCUCGCAGCCGCAUCCUCAUGACUCCCUACCUCAUCCUCCUCUGGGGUACCCUCGGUGCUUCCUUCUACGGUGCCGGUCGCAAGGUCCUUGGCUACAACUCUUACUUCGGAAACUAA